AUGCAAGCGGGAUCUGUGCAGCUCGCGAUCACGUCAACUGCCCUCACUUCGCGAGUGGGAGCCGAUGAUCCUCUGCUUCCUCGGCGAGACUAUACGCGGACCUGCACCCUCUCCUGGACUCAUGAGCUAGGGCGUCAGACUUAUGGCUUUGCGGUUGCCGCCCCUCAACUCGGCGCUUAUGUGGAAUGCACCUCGCCGUGGCCUGAGGUCCAAAUCCAUUUGUGGUUGCCAGGCCAAGGUCCGGUUCACAUGCGAGUCGGUGCCCGCCACAUGGACAUGCACCUCAGCGCCUACUUGGGUGCUUUCCUGCCCGAUUGCGAAUACGGUCUUCAUGUUGCGUACGACUCCAACCCUCAGGUCCUAGACCUGGUCGUCGCGCCUCCUUCUCCUGUGGCGUGGUGGAUCCUGAGGGACUCUAUUGGGUGCGAGUUGCUUCGGCCGGUCAUCCAGCACUAUACUUCGCACUGCUCCUUUUUCUUCUGCACAGUCGAGCCCGACGGGGUUGUUCUUAGUGUUGAGCCCUCAGCCGAAGUCCGACAAAUGUCUCCGAGCCCGCAUGGGGCUAGAGCUUUGAUCUCGCGUGCCCUGCCCGGCCUCAUUGGUCAGGUGAUCGAUGGCACGCUGCUGAUUGUUGCAGCCAAAGCAGGGCCUUUGGUUCUUGGUCACCUUGCAAUGCUCUUGUUAACUUUUCAUGCGGCUGCGAUGCAACCACCGCAGGCGCAUCAACUUGUACCGGUUGCUGAGGUUGCUCCCACACCGUCCACCAUGCGCAUCUGGACCUUAAAUGUGCCGCAGCCAGUCGACCUGCCUUGGCGUCCCCAGGGGUAUCAGACCCGGUGGCUCCGUGAGUUGAUGUGCCGUCUCCACCAUAUUCCGGAUCCGGGGGAGUUCCGUUCCACUCACUCCCAGCAAGGGGGUACUGUUCAGCACGUUCUCUUUGUGCCUGUUGUACCUCCAACCCUUCCUACGGCCAGGUUCUGGCUCCUCCAUUGGGGCGCCGCGGCGGUCGUCACCUUCGGUCACUCGCCCUUCAAUUGGGAGGUUGUCUAUGCUCACCUCCGCACUCUGUUUCAAGGUGGCCAAUUGCCGGAGCGGUGCCCCACACUUGCUUAUGCUGGCCAGUUCUAUGCCCCUGGCACGGUUUUGCCGGACUUCCCCUCGGGCGCUAUUAUCCAGAUUUUAGUCGGGGCCCUUGAGCGGCUACCUGGUGACGAUGACCCCUGGAACCCGGAGCCUUUCGUUGUUGAGAGUCCUUACUUUCGUCACAUUCCCAGUCGCGGCCCUGCGCUUGAACCGGCCAUUGUUCUGGAUGGUCAUGGCAACAGGUUGGCUGCCGGAGCUCUGCAAUCCCCUCUGGUUGAUCAAGGUGUUCAAACCGACCUUUCCGGAAAUGGCACUGGCCUUGAUCAUGCCACUGUCUCCAGGGUGCAUCACCUCUCCCAGGAGCUCUCGUUCCACACUGCUCGGCUCUGGGCCGGCCUCGCCGAGCCUGAUGCCGAGCCGGCAGGCGACAAUCCACCUGUCUUGAGACUCUCCUCCCAGAGUGCAUGCGCGGCUGAUACCUCUACGGCUGAUCUUUUGGAUCUCAGUGAUGCAGCAGGUUCUCAGGCUGUGUGCAGACUGCCGUGGGCAGCUUUGCUUCUUCUUGGCGUUCAGGUGCCUCGCGCCCUUGGGGCGGUUGGGAGUCUCCUUGUUCUUGCUACCCUCAACUCGGGGUCCAUCAUUACACCACCGCAGGCUAGCUCUGAGGAAGAGCAGGUUAAUGAUACUGCCCCUCCGGCUGUGCAGGCCACUAAUAUGUCAGCAGCGGACUGGGCCCCCGCACCUGUUGUGCGACCGGCCGGCCCUCCCCCGCCAGAGCCGGUGAAUGCUCCCUUCCAACCCCACAUGAUGUUUCUUCGCGCGGCGAGGCCACUUGAGGAUUAUGCCUUGAGACAAUGGCCCUCCACGGUAGAUAGGGAACCUGCAGCCGAUGAAGAUACGGUGCGGAGGGUCCAGGCUGACCUCCAAGGCCUUCGAUGCGGGAUCCGAACACUGGCAGCCGCGAUCCCACUCGGCACGCCCUUUUGCAUCCAUAACCCGUUUACCGCACGGCAGCAGUGUGAGUUGGUCGAGUAUUCAGCGGGCCCCGAAAUUAACCCCUUCGUCCUCUUCGAGGGUCAUGCUAGAGGCCGCGGCUGGGCAGGUCUGGUGCUCCUCCAGCCCCAGCCCGAUGCCAGGGCAGUUCAUCUCAUUGGCUGUCCUCAGGCGGCCGGUAACGUAGCUGUAGGGGUCGCUAUUGAGCACCGCUUAAUUCCCUGCUGCCUCCCCGCGACUGUUGAUAUCGCUGCCCUCAGGGCCCUGCGCUUGGAUGGCACUGAAUAUGACCUUCGGCCGCCUGAGGUCCAGGAAGGCACACAGGUUGUCCAGUUUAGGAACGGCGAUUGCCUCUCAGCUAGGCGGCAUGUUCCCCGUCGGUCCCACCAAGGCCAAGCUAGCAGGGAUCCUGCUGCUGUUAGAGGAACGGUGAGUGCGGGCGAGCGCGAUGCCAGCCCUGCUGACGAAUCCGCAGCCAUAGCUGCCUCACCAUCUCUCUGGGCCUCUCUUUUACUCGUGCAGGUCCUUCGCAGCCGCCUUGGCUCUACCUGGCUUGUUGCUGCCAUUCUACCCAGCCUGGUCCAGAGUAUGCACAGACCUGGAGGCUUCCCAUGGGGGACCGACUCGGCGAACCGUGUAUUCUCAGGGAUAACUGCCGAGGAUCCAGUCUAUGUAGUCCUGCAUAGUCCCUUCUUAGGGGUUUUCCCUCCCUACACGGCAUCUCAGGAGACCCCCCACUCGCAAGUCUGGGCGCAGUUCCGCAAUGAUGACCCGGGUUGGGCGGAAGACUUCUUCCCCGUUUGGCCGGGGCCGGCAUUCAAUGAACUUUCUAUCGUCCCAAUUGGACGUGAUCCAGCUUUGGUCACAUUGAUGCUUAUCUGGCGGGGCCACCACCGGGCCACACUUGUUCCCCGCACGAUGACCGUGGACUGGAUUACGUCCUUCACGGCCAGACAUAUCAAUAGUGCUGUCGGGGGUGUGUCUCUUCCCCACGGGCUUGCCGUCUGCGAACUUUUUGAUGUGCCACCUGCCGCGUUUAGGUUCCGCAACGGGGACGUCGUGUAUGUACAUGAUCCACUAGAUGACCCCGAUGAGCCACUUGAACUAGUGGAGCCCUGGCAUCUACAGGAUGGUCUGGCUGCACAUCACGCCCCUUGGGCGGUCGGAUUUCAGCUCAUGUUCCCGAUUUCAGUCCAUUUGCUGCGACCUGAAAAACCGCCCUUGCUCACCACUAUACCGGCCGGCGAAUCUUGGUGCCCUGAAGCGUUCUCCUUUUCAGGUGAGUUCCAGCACCAUUUCCCGGGCAUGUGGACACCUGUCCAAUGGACGAGUGCCCGUGCCCUGCAGCUUAUUGAGGUCAACGGGGUCGCUGCUCGAGUCAAUGUUGUCGCGGCCACGCCGGAGGGUCGACUAUGCCGUACUGUCGACCGCAUUGCCUCUCGGCACAGCGUUGCUGACCAGCUCCACUUCUGUCCAGAUUCGAUACAAGUUGGCGGAGUGCCUGCGUAUGCCUUGGACCAGGCCUGCGAACUCAGGAACGGUGAUGUGGUGUUUGGGGCAUUCGAUAGGAGUGCAUGCCCUCGUAGCCCAGGCUCCCCGAGCUGGUGGCUCGGUGUGACCCUCACCACCUUGCAUCUGAGCCAGCAGCGGCAGACGUGUCUGCCUCUUCUUGUGGGUUAUACCCUUUCAUUCCACGCCGGUCUUAGCGACCCAUAUGCCAUCACUCCCUUUCAUGCGCCUCACACUACCGCUGCACUUAGCUGCCAGUCGCUAAUCGGAGGGUCCUCCUGCUCUGCUGAUGAGGAUCCUCCCUGGAGUGGCAUGGCCCUGGGCUGCGCCUCAUCUGCCAUGGGUGGCCCACAGUCUUGGUGGCGGGGCUCUCUUUGCUGCCCCAUCCUUCCUGGUGUCUCGGCCGCCCUCCUGUUUUCCGGCCUACGCGGCAUUGCCCUUCUGGCGGCCUCCGCGUGUAUCCCUGCUUCUCAGGCCAUGCUUCAACAAGCGUCCGCCUCGUCAGCCACUGUCCCGGCUGCUGCAGCUCCUCGCGUCACUGUUACGGUUGCUAACCCUUUUGCUCCUUGGAAUCGGGUCGAAGCCGACCCGCGCAACCUCUUUGACGAUGUCGUCGCUGAUGCGCAUCACACUUUAGCAUCUUGGCAUCAGGGUUUUGCAGCUACGGGACUUGUGCUGGACAGCACCCAGGUUGUUGUUCCCUUGCCCGGGCGUCGCUUGGUCUGCUUGUUGGUGCAAGGCAUGGGUCAGCUGCUGUGCGUUAUCCUGCCAGCUUUCAUGACCCCGCGGGAUCUCACGCAAGCCAUUCAAAUGCGACUUGGCAAACGAGUCAGCGUCAGCCUGCUACCUGGACUGGCGGCUACUGUCCGUGCCAGCCGUCCGGUCCUUGCUCUGAGAUCUGGGGAUAUUAUUGCUAUCCGCCCACUUCAGCUUGACCCACUUGCCGGGCCGCGGAACCCACCUGUCUUUCUAACAUGGGGGGCUGCCCAUGCUGCGGCCGCGUGGCACUCAGACUUUCUCGUUGCUCAGGCCUCCUGUGUUCUGCUGUGGUCGCCUGGCCGCCCUACUCGAGUCGCCCUUUUAAGGCAUCAAGCCCGAUGGAUUGCAGCUGCCGCCGCGGUACAUCACCAUGAACAAGAGCUAGGAACCCACCGCUGGGCACCUUGCCAUGGUCACCUCGGCGCCCCACCUUGGCUCGUUGAACAGUCUGAGGUGGCCGGCCGCGCUAAUAUUAUCCAGUCCUGCGACUCUACUCGUUGCAUUGAAGUGGAGCGCGACGCCCAUGACCUUCACAUCUCAGGUUAUACUGUUCGUCCUGCCUCAAGUCACGCCUGUCGCACUGCCACUGUGCGCGAUGGCGACUGGUGGGUCCACUCAGCGGCCGUUGGGCUGCUUGGGCGCCAUCUCUCCUUCCCAGCACAGCUCGCCUGGCUUCUCUACAGCCUUGCCGCCCAUGCCUGGGCUGGGUCUUCGAGCUGCCCAAGUGUUGACUCCUCCGAGGCUAGAACCAUCCGCACCCGCCGGCGACCCAGCCGUAGUCGUUCACCGGGUUCACAGUGGCCGGGACGGUUUUUCCCUCCUCGAGUUGACUUUAAUGAUGGGGAGCCCUACGUUCCGCAGAGUGGCUGGCAACCUGACGCCCCAGACGGCCCACUCGCACGCUGCUUUCCGGGGCCUCGGCCGCAGACCGCCAGAGUCCUCUGCCCCCUGCGGGGCUGGAGCGAGCUCUUGUUUAUUAACCUGGCAGGCACCUGGCGGGAAGUGGAGCAUGAAGGUGCUCGGCACUGCGGUCUCUGGUCGCGCAGGUUCUUUCCGGUGCGUGCUGUGCUUCCCGUCUCGCAGCUCACUCUUGCUCCAGUGGCCCCGUAUGGCCUCGCUACAGUUGUCUUUCACAUGGAAAGUUGCUCAGCCGUGGCUCUGGCGUCUGUCGACUCCAGUUUGGUUGACCUUCAGCGGCUCGCCGCUCGUGUGUUCACGCAUGCUCGCUACUGGCGAGUGGUUGCGCCGCCUGUGUUACGCGCGGCCAACCCGCACACUCAUCUACGGUUGCGUAACGGCGACGCCUUUAGUCUUGUUCCUGAACAAUCUCAGCCAGAGGCCACCCGCUUCCCACUGCUGCAGUACCCCUCCCUCGAGCGGGCCCGACAGGUUGCCAGCUGGUCUCUUCCUUUUCGGUUUGACUCUGGUGGGCUCGUAGUUCUCUGGUACUCUAAUCGUCGGCAUGGGCACUACAUUAGGAUUAGGGAUACGGGCUACUGGGACCCUGAAGGUCCCACCUUUUGGAGCCUUAACGGGGAGGCUUUGUCAGGUUCAUGGGUCCCGGUCCUUACGGGUGACCUGUCGAGUCUUCACUUGGUGCAUCAAGCUUCCGUUGGUGAGGCGCACGUUCUCUUCCUUCUGCCGCCGGACCUCAUGCCACAGGGCCGGCGGCUCGCGGGCUGCAAUGCUUAUCGUGCCCCUCCUGGGUGGCGACUUCUGCCAGCUCUGCAAUAUGUUCGCGCGGACAGCCCUCUUCGAGACGGCGAUGUGCUAGUCAUCGACCCAGACGCCAGCGUGGUCUGGGACCCCUUCGGUCCACUUCCCUCUGCGGCCGUAGAGGAGUCUCAUUCUGAUUGGCCCUCCUGCUCGUCACCUUCUGGGAUACGAGGGGCCGGUUGGCUUGCCUUUCUUGCUGUCGCUGCUCGAUGGCCCCGUUGGCUUACUCUCGCUCUCCUUUCUCAUUACGUGUGUGGCAUGGUCCCGGUCCUGGAGGUGCCUGAUAGGCCCAUUCGCACAGGCCUGUACCCAUGGCGAGCCAAGCCCGGCGAGGAAGACCUUGUCGACCUCUCUCCUGGCACUGAGAUUGACGUUGUGUAUCUCAGCCCUUUCACUGGUCCGCGGGAAGCUGGACGUCUCCCCACUGUGUCCACACUUGAGGAUCUGAGCUCGCUUGCGCGGGCGUGCGAUCCUGAAUGGGCUGCUGGUGUUGCGCCGGUGUGGCCCACAGCGGCCAUCCCUGCCCUGCUUGUUGUGCCCAGGCCCCUCUCUCUCGAUAUGGUGUGUCUCGCCAUAUCGUCCUUGGAUCAACACUUUUCCAUCCUGACUCCAUGUGUUACUUCAGUGUCAUGGCUCAGUUUUGCUCUUCGUUUUCUGCAGCCUAUGCAGACCCUGUCCGUGCGAGCUCCCAGCCCUCUCACUGCUGAGGCCACCACGGAUCAAAAUGUUAGAUGGCGCUCAGGGGACCUCGUUGUCGCUCUUCCGCCCGCCGCCUUUGUGCCUGAGUAUCAACCGCCCUGCUUCCACUCUGACACUCAAGUUCGUCAUUGCGCCAUAUGGUCGGUUGAUUUUUCAGUUUCCUUUCGAGCGAACUUCGUCCUGUGGCAACCGGGCGUCAGGGCCGUUCGGGGACAUGCCCCCGCAGGAGCUCGCUGGCAGGCACUCGACUUCACCUUCGAAGGGGAAUUCCGCCAACAUUACCCCGGUCGCUGGGUGCCCGUCCCCUGGAUUGCCCAGGACCACACGCAGCUCGUCCUGCUUCCUGAGGACCCAUCCCGUGCCAAUGUGGUGGUGGAAGCGGAUGGUCAAUGCUGGUGCGCCUCCAUCACUGCUGUCACAGAUGCGUGGCAACUGUGGACUGAACUGCCGACUGUCUCCGGUCAACCUCGGGUCCUCGGCGUCUCUCAUCGAGAGCUUAGGCAGGGAACUACCCUACGUAGCGGCGAUGUGGUGUCCGAGGCCUCCGGACGCUUUACACCUUGGGCCGUUUUCAGCUUGAUCGGGGUGUCUGGGUGGCGUACUGCUGGGCCUAGCGUGGUUCUCCUCGCUAUUGGACUUGCCUGGGGGCAUUCUGUCGGGGCUACUCGCUACACUGGCGCUGCCCCGAGCUCCUCUCUGGACCGGCACGCAGAGGGCCCUCUCUUGCCAGACUGUUUCCCUACUUGCCAUCGGCUGUGGGAUCCUGCUUGUGGGGUCCUUGGACCCUUCCGUGGUACCUCUUUGGAGCUCCCUGUUGCUCUUCGAGAUGCUGCUCCCGCAUGGUCAUCCUUUACCCGGGUUCACCCUCCACAGGACCCUCGCCUUGUUGACUGGGUUCCUGUGCCCUCUGACCCGAUGUUUGCCACCGUCCUUCUCCAGUGCCCCCCGGCCACCCGGGCUGCUUUCCUUCCAGCUACGUGCGCCGCUGCCGAUUUGCUCCGAGCCUACAAUCGAAUUGUCCGGGACCUGUCUCUCAUCUUGGCACCCCCCGAAAUUUGGUGUGGGACGGCUACCUCACCGAACCCAACUCUUUUCCUCCGGUCCGGUGACGUUCUCACGCUCGCUGGAGAGACCUGGGCUCCUCGCCUUCGCUCGCCGGCCGGGCGUUACUGGGACACGCUGCUGCAGGCGCGUCACUUCGCCUUCUGGGGAAGCCCUUUCAGCAUACGCCAACCUGGGCUCCUGUUUGCCUGGUCGCCUGGUGACCCGGUCCCACUCACUGUACCCACGGUUCGCGACGAACAAUGGGACCCCGUGCACUGCACAUUUCGGCCCUCCCUUGCCUGUUUCAGUGUCACUCGAUGGAUUCCUGCACAGCGGCUUGAUGACCUUGGUCUUCACCUUGUCGUUUCGCGACAAGGGUCGAGUGGCCUGCUGCGUGACGGAGACAUACUCUCCGGCGGCUUUGGCUUGCGGCCCUUGGUCUCGGGCUCCUGGCAAGCUACGGCCCGCCAGCCUUUCCAGCUCAUCUGCUCUUUCCCCGUGCAGGGGCCCUCUCAGGGAACUGCCUGGCUCCCGCGUUUGAUUUUGGCCAGCUGCUAUCUCCGCGCUCGGGGCGCGCCUGUCUGGAGCAGCACUGAUGGAAUCUCGUGGUCGGCCGAUGUUCAUGAGGAAUGCGUCGCCCAGGCUUCCAUACACCAACUCUGGUGGUCUCAUGAGCUUUACCCGUUUCUUCCCGCAUCCGCCCCUCCAUCAUACCGUCAGGCUUUCUGCAACUUCCCGCUCUGGCACGGGGGAGUGCCUGACCAGGUCUUCAUUGCCACUGACGGCAGCGGCGAGCAUGGAGGGGCUUGGGCCUUCUGUGUGUGGGCUUGGUGGCGCCAUCGAUGGUACCGCGUCGGUUGGUUUGGGGCCUCUGGCCAUCAGCUCCCCUGGACCCCUGACCUGCCGCCCUCGGCAGGCGGCCUCUCCUUCCACACUGAACUCGCGGCCUUACAAGCUGCCGGACUCUGGCUUAUUGCCUGGGUUGACCGCCUGUCCCUUCUCACAGCCUCUGCCCCUACCAAGGUCACUAUUGCGGUCGAUAAUGCUGCGGCACUUCAAAUCGCAGCAGGGCAGGCCCAAGCCGCAGCACCUGCCACCACCACCACUCGGUAUGUUUGGCAGGCCGUUCAAGCUCGGCUCUCCACACGGUUCCAGCAUGUCCAUAGCCACGUCGGAGUGCUCCCAAACACCUUCGCGGACUUCCUUGCCGGCUGGUCGGGUCGAGUCUCCUGGCAACCGUGGAAGCAGCUUGACCCUUUGCUACCCUCCCUCAUGCAAAACGCGGCUCCGUGGCUCUGGGUCAUCCCACAUGCUCGUGUCGUCAAGGGUCGGCCGUGCAUUUGUUUGGUCUCGCAGACCAUCUCAUGUGCCCCUGCUACUGAGGCUGGUGACGUGCUCCCUCCUGCCGAGGAUACCUUAACAUCCACUGAGGCCGCUGCUUCACCGGGUCGUCCACUUGCCGAUUCUCCCAUCCCUUUGCGCUUGGUCACAGCCAAUGUUCAAACGAUGCGUGACUCCAACGCUUCAUUCUUCAAUCCCUCAGGGCACGGUCAGCGGCGCCAGUACCUUUAUUCUCAGGUUGCUACCUUAGGCCUCGACGUUGUCUGCCUGCAAGAAGCCCGCAGCAAGGGUGGCCGUUGGGACACAGCCGGCCUCCUCACCUGGCGCUCCGGCGCGCAGAAAGGGAGUUACGGUUGUGAAAUCUGGAUAAGGCCUGGCAUUACCAAUCCGCCCUUGCGGCUUGAUGACUGGCGCAUCGCUAGCGCCGACCCUCGUUUUCUCGUUAUUGUCAGCAAGCGUGCGGACUUACCCAUUGCUGUCAUUGCCGCCCAUGCCCCCCACGCUGAGCGGCCCGCUUCUGAGAUUCACCACUUUUGGUCUUCGUUGCACUCGUCCCUGUGCCAGUUGCCCCGGGCUCUGUCUCUUGUUCUCGGCCUGGAUGCUAACGCUGACCUACUUUGGGCGGACGAAGACCACGCCUAUAUCGGCGACUGUCUGGGCAACAGUGAGGAGGGUGCUGGCGAGCAGGGUCUUUUUGACACUAUCCAGCGUUUCGGCCUUCUUGCUCCGGCUUCCUUCUCCGCCCUCCAGCAGGGCCCGGGCUGGUCCUGGGAGCAUACGGGCGGUACCAGGAAGCGGCUUGACCCGCGCCCGUCAGCGACACUGGCACGACCCCCCGGGGCAUCCAACCGAGCUACCGCUAAGCAAGCUCAGCUUAUUGCUGCCAGCCUUUGGCGUGAGCUCCCAUCUCCCGUGCGCAGCAUCGUUGAGGUUGGACAGGAGAUCAGGGAUCUCAAAGCUAGGCACCUCCGCCUCUUGGAGGCCCUUCCGAGAGCUCCUCGGCGGCCUGCCCGCCAGCCCUACAUCACUGCUGAGUCUGUUGCCGCCCUGGAUGUUGUGCGGCAGGCUCGCGAGCAACUCCCGCGCCUCCGCAGCAAUGUCGAAUGGCAGAAACGGCGCUUUCUUCUCCUUGUGUGGCGAUGGAGUUGCGUCAGGGGUCGCUCCGACACUGCUGUCCCCCGCCCAGACCCCACCGGGCUUCAACAUGCCAGGUUGUUGUUACAGGCCUGUAAUCUGCAUAUCCGGGGUCUGCAGCAGAAGGCACACUAUCUAGCCCGUUCUGACAAGCUUGCCCAUUUCCGCACUCUUACCCUUGCUGCCACCCAGCACUGGGAAUCCACAGGCAUUCCUUUGGAAUCUAUCCGGCAUCUUCGAUGGGCCUCUCGCAAGGCCCAUGACCGUCGAGCUGUGCACGCCGCUGGCGGUUUCGACAUCGACCGUGAGCUUGAAGCACAAUUUCGUGACCAGGAAGGCGCCCGCCUCGUCUCUCCUGCACUGCUCUCACAAACAGCCGAGCAGUGGCUCUCUGUCGAUGCCACUCGCUCCCCGUGCCUCGAGGCAGUUCCUUCACUGCUCCAAAUGGAGCAAAUGUGCAUCCGACAGGCACCAGCUAAGGCACCAGGACCUGACGGCCUGCGGAACGAGCUCUGGCGGGAACAUGGAGCUCUUGCCGGACAAUGGCUUUGGCCACUCUGCACCCGCAUUGCGCUUCAAGGCCGAGAACCCUUCGAUUUCAAGAAAGCCAUCGUCUGCGCCCUCUACAAGAAGGGCCCGGCAUCAGUACCUGCCAACUACCGGUCCAUUGCCCUCCUCAACGGCAUCGCUAAGCUGUGGCAUUCGCACCUCCGCACCACGGUCGGUGGACAUGUGCUGUCUCGUUAUGAGCCCAUGCAGCUAGGAGGGCGCCGAGGUGUCCACACUGGGUUUGCACUGGCGGCUUUCCGAUGCGCCUGGGACCUUUCCGUCGCAGCGGGGCGGUGCGUUGCUGUUGUCUUUGUCGACAUCCAAGCCGCUUACUAUGAGGCUAGCCGAGAUCUUCUUUUCGAUGGCUUCCCUGACGAUGUUGAUGUCCCGGAGCACCAUCACCUCGCUGGACUUGUCCUCCAGCUUCACGGCCAGGGGGCUCUCUCCGCUCUUGGCGUUGCUGAGGAUGUCAGCGCGCUCCUUCGGGAUUGUGUUGCUCUGUCCCACUGGUCGCUCUCCGGGUCGGACAACAUUUUCUUGGCCUCCCGAGGCUCCCGUCCCGGCGACGGCCUAGCGGACGUUUUGUUCGGCGCCCUAUUUGCCAUUGGGCUGCAACACAUACAGCGCACUGCUUGUUCCAUGGGCAUCUCGCACACCAGUGCCGGGGUCGAGAUCGGCCUCGAGCCAGGCGUCAAGCCGAUUGGCUGGGCUGACGACCUUGCCGUCCUUGCGGACUUUGAUAGUCCUGCCGAGCUCCAAACACAGCUCCCCCAACUCACUGGUGUCAUUCUUGAUACCCUCCGGUGCUUGCGGUUCCGGGUCAAUCUUGGAGCAGGCAAAACUGAGGCCCUUGUCGAUAUUAGGGGAGACGGUGCACGCGCUGCACGAGGCGCCUUGCUCAGCGGCGACGCCCUUUUGGAAGUCUCCAAAGGUGACAGCAUUCGACUUUGCCCUGAGUACAAAUACUUGGGUGUAGCCCAACUGCCUCGAGACACCGGCAGGCGCGACUGCGAGCUGUCGGCACAGCGGGGGUCAGCGGCGGCGUCGCUUGCCCGAACCCUGCUGUGCAGCAAUUGUCUGCCCUGGGAACUGAAACGAGCCUGGAUUACCGGCCGAGUUCUCCCCUCAGCUUACUCCUCCUUGGCCUUCUCGCGCGCUGACUCCGCCCGGGCUGCUGCGCCAUUGGCUGGACUCUUUGAACGCACAGCUAGGAUCCUGUUGUCUUCCUGGCAAGUCGGUCACAAACUUACCACCCCCUUGCUUCGGCUUCUCGCUGAUAUCACCCCUCCUGACCUUGCUACCACUGUUAGCCAGUGCCGCCUCUGUGUGCAACUUUUCUGCAAGGCUCCAGCGGCUGUCAGGGAAAUUGUUGAUGCUGCGUGGAACCGGGCAAUCCCUUGGUGUCAGGCCCUCGUCCUUGCUUGUUUGCGAGUAGGAGUCGCCCUAGACUCCUGGGACCCCGCCGCUCCUCCCGCCAUCACUGUCCUGUUCGUCCAGCAGAACGGACGCGCUCUCCUUCGAGCGUGCAAGGCUCUGAGCAAAUUUGGGCACAGGUAUGCUGCCUGCGCCCAGCUUUGGGCGGACCUGGCCACCCGUCGCACCACCAAGAUCCUAGGUGCGCCACAAUCCCACAGUUGUCCGGUCUGUCGAGGUGUUUUCCCGAGCCUUCAUGCAGUACGCGCUCACAUGCAUCGGAAACACGGCGUCCUGUCUGAUGUGACUGCCUAUAUGGCGGGCUCGGUUUGUCUCUGGUGUAUGCGAGACUUCCAAUCCUCGGAUCGACUGAAGCACCACCUUCAAACGCAGCGCUCCUGCCUGCACGGCCUGCGUGUUACAGUCGGCCCUGUCUAUCAGUACGGCUCGGGCACAAAACGUUCGGGUCGCGCCAGCCACCGGGGAGUCCCUCCACAACGCAUCUGCGGGCCUUGCAAUGCUACCCCAGCGCAGAGACGGGCGGCCGACCUCGGGGUGCCGGCCGAUGACGCGGCCCUGCAAGCUGAGUGGGAAGCUGUUCAACGCUCCCCUGCGCUCUCGGACCUUGUCCCCGGCAACCUGCAUCGACCAUCUUCCUUGUCGCCUUCCGACGAUGCCUCCGGCGCUCAGCAGGCCUGCAUUAUCUCCGAUGCUCGUGGUUCCUCCCCCAAGUCCCUUGCCUCCCAGCAUUCCCGCUCGGCCACUAUUGAGGCGGCCUCUCCUGCGCAACACCCUUUGCAUUGGUUCUCCGUUGUGGAAGGGGCUGCUGGCUGUGACGACUGGGCUCUUCCCUCGCCCUGGUGGCCUGGGCUUCUCGGCCUUGGAGGUGUCUUUCAGCUUCCCUCCUCCUGGCACAGGCUUUGGCCUAUGUGGUCCGCGCUCGAGUUCUUUGAACCUUGGGAGCAUCGGGCCAUCCGCCGCUUUGGUGCGCUGCGCUCCGCCUCUUCGUGCGGGUUAGGUGCUGCAGCCACCCUUGCUGAUGCCACUACUGGCAAGUGGUCCCUGUUGGAGUUGGCCGCUGCCACGGUAUCCUUCCGUAUGAUCUGCAAGGCUGUCCUCCGCGGUGGUGCCCUCUGGCUUUGGGGGCGCCCCAGCAAUUCGGGUCUUGCCCUGCUGCGCCGCCUGCUUCCUGCGGCCUUCUUCUUGGACUUCCUUUCGCCGAGGGGACGGGUCUUCCUUGUCGCUUGCUCUGCUUCCUUGGCCUCCCUUGUGCGUGCUGUCUUUGCUCGCCCUGCCUGCUCGGCCCCGGUCUCGCUUCCCUUGCGAGCUUUUUGGGCCUAUCCGGCAGCCUGA